AUGCGUACCAGCAUUGCACUCUCUUUCCUCGCCGCUGCCAUCGGCAGCGUUAACGCACACGGGUAUCUCGCCUCCUUCAUCAGUGGAGGAGUGACUUACCCUGGCUGGGCACCCUUCUCUGACCCUUAUAUCACACCCGCCCCCGUUCGCGUUGAACGAAGGAUCUCAGAUAACGGCCCGGUCACUGAUGUCUCCCAUGUUAACAUCACCUGCAACAAGGGUGGUAACGUGCCUACCACCGCAUAUGCCAAUGUAGCUGCCGGCUCGACCGUCACCUUCCAAUGGGACCAAUGGGGAAGCUCUCACUCCGGCCCGGUGAUGACUUAUAUUGCCAAGUGCACUAACGGUUGCGCAAACUUUAAAGGCGAUAGCGGUAAUGUUUGGGUCAAGAUUGACCACUGGGGAUGGGACAAGACUGCCACUCCUCCUUGGGGCUCUGAUCGCCUGGCUGCUCAAGGCGCCAAGUGGGAUGUCAAGAUCCCGGCCACUAUUGCCCCUGGCGAGUACAUCCUGCGACACGAGAUUCUUGGUCUCCAUGUUGCAGCAACACGGAGGAGCCCAGUUUGUAAGCUUCUUUUUCUCAUCCAGGCGCACUGCCAUUGCUUCCCACCCAUCCCUGAUAACCGCGAAGACCGAUAUCUGACCUGUUGCUAUUCACGGUGUAGUACCCGCAUUGCGUACAGAUUAAGCUCACCGGCUCUGGAACAAAGGCUCUUCCUACGGGUUGCUCUCCCAGGUGCAUACAAGGCCACCGAGUCUGGUAUCUUGACCCAACUGUGGUGGUACUCUACCUCCAACGCGACGGCAUCUUACACUGUGCCAGGUGGAGCUGUUUGGAGCGAAUUCUACGGCGCUGUCAUGGCCAAACACGAUACCCUGUCCGAUGCAGACCACACAAGUGUGAGUACCAGCGACAAGGGCCAGCCGGUAGUCACGUACGUGCGGGUAGGGCGCGGGAUGAUCAAAGUCACCAAAUACGAGAAGGAGGACAAAGCCACGCGACAAGCCGGUCUGGAACCAAAUGAAGAGGGUGCUAGUCCAACCCAUUCGUUCGAUUCGUCCCAACCACACGCAGCUCGGCCUCCUUCCGUCAAAAGUCGCGCUUCGAGCGGUGCUGGCUCAAAGUCGAGCAGCAUGCCGGCCUGGGUCUCCAAGUUCAAAAAGUCCAAAAAAGGCAAAAACUCGGGUUUGGAUGCACUCGACCGAAAGGGCCGCAUCCAAAUAUCCUCGCCGAUUCAGAACUCGAAUGGGUCUAUUGAAGGACCGACAUCCUCUAGUCACGAGGAUGACUCGUCUUAUGUUUUGGCCGAACAACCGCGAAAUAUGCUUGCGCCACCGUCGCAACAUCCGGGUAUGCUUACCCCACCCUCGUCUCCGAUUCCUAGCCAUCCUCGCCCCCUUCGUGCAGCACACUCUCAUAAUGAUCUACCUGCCGCCCAACCCAACGAGAUGUGGGCCUCGAUUGCUCAACUAGAAUCCGAGCUCGUUGCACGAUACGGCAGGGGUGCUGUACCCCAACUUGAAGCGCUUCGGAUGCGCAUGCAAAACCCACCAUCAUCUUCGCAUUACGAGGCCGAGGGACAACCUAUAUACCAGCAGAUCGAAUGGGAAGAUACACUCUACGCCAGAGAUGAUCCAGAAUCAGGUUGGGAAACCACUGCUCGCCAUGCGCCCUCUGUAGCUCGGGCCCGCACACGUACGGAGACUCUUCCAGGAAGAACAGCCACAACUUCAUCUGUUCCGCCAGUCCCUCCAAUCCCUAGCCAUUACGCUCGUGCAUUUGUGGACGAUCUCGAUGUUUAUCCUAGGAACUACCCAAGCCCAGUUCAGCCUGCCGUAUCGUCCCGCCCAACAGAAAAUCCAGAGGAUGGUGAUAGUGAUGAUGCAGCAGCCUAUCUGCAAGCCCUUGGUCUUGAGCCUCCGACACCAAAAGGAAACAAACCAAAGAUGCAAACCAAGGCGCAGAAUUCAUAUGACGACACCCAGAUCCGACACCCAGAACCCGCGCGAAGCACGACUCUCCCUACAUACCCACCCAAGAACUUGCCCCGAGGAAGGCCAGAUGCAGGGCCUAUCAAUAGCCAUCUCGACAUCCUGGAACAAUACACUACCGGCCGAUACAACCUCCCCCGUUCAGAUUAUGCCGCCAUGCGGCGUACUCAUUCAAAUGACGUUCUCAGUUUGGUCGACCCCAGCAUCUCGUCGCGCUCUGCAUCCCCACUGAAUACUUCUUCAGCACCUGAAUCACCUGCAACAAGAUCGCAAUCAUCCCGACGAGAUCUCCCGCCACGCCCACCACCACCCAGUACAUUCGCGCCACAUGCCCCCGUUCCUUCAAUCAAUGCGCCUCGUGCGCGAACCUCGUCUCGGUCGCUAAAACAAGACUCAUCUAGUCAGAACUCACCAGCUUCGCUCUCGAGGCCAUCACCCCUACCCCGUUCCAGCCAUCCCCAUGUCUUUAACGUCCCAUCUGCCCACGCACUCCGAUCCGCGGGGUCCAACGGUAGUGCCAAUAGUUCGCAACUUGCGCUCCCCUUGGUCCGUGUACGAAUCACUUGUCCACCACAGCGUGGUGCUUUACGGCAGCUCCCUGCGCUCAUCUUAUUAAAUGCCAGUGCUCGAGCGUCGUUCGCGGCGGCCACUUGGGCCCAGAUGGUCACAUACUGCGCGCGUAAUGCAGGUGUCUCAAUUGCACGUAGGGGAGGUGGGGGUGCACUCCGAGUGUCUGUAGAAGAGCGAAUGGCCGAGCUGACCACGCCUGGCGGAGGGCGAGGCGUUGGGGAUGAAGAAGUCGGGUUCGGGUUGGGAUACUAUGUGUCUGUUGAGAUGACGCUCGAGGGAGACAUAGAUUAUCAGGAUAAUGAAGGGAGUGUUCCGGUAGCAAGUUUGUCCAUUCCAUUGCCGACGACUCUGGGAGAGCUUGCGAUUGUGUUCAGGGAGCGGAAGGACAUUCGAAUGGCUUUGAGUUAG